AAGUGCGCGCGCUCGUUCAGUCCGGCAGUCACAGUUCUAUUCGAUUCAUCCGGACCGCAAGGAUCCUUCCGAUUGAAAUCCCACAAGACCACCCCGCAUGCAACAGACGAAAAGUGGUGACCUUUGACCUUCGCCAGGAUAAAAACAGUCAACAUAACCCCAUAGAAUUCGGUGUAUCAGACACAAUAAGAUCAAUCUACCAGAAAGUGUGUGGUGUUAUGUGCUAGUGAGAGAACAGUAAAAAUGACCAACAGCAUGAAGCAGACAGUCAUCAAAAAUCCCACCUGGUGGAAAAGACGAUCGGCCCUGGAACGUGGUUUAACGAUUGUAGCAGUUUCCGGUGCCCUUUUGUGUAUCGCAUUGGCCGUAGCACUCGGAGUCCUCGCCAGUAAUGUUGGCCCGUGUGACGUCAGCACCACCGUUCCUGAUAACAGUGAGAUGCUACCAUCCACAGCGGAGGCUCUUGGCGGUGGACCACCUGCCAAGGAUGUCUUCAGUGUCAGUCGUGGACCUGAGUCAGACGACGUCUGCUUUACAGCGGGAUGCGUUCACACAGCAUCCAAAAUACUGGAGAGCAUGGAUCCUAAUGUGGAGCCCUGUGACGACUUCUAUCAGUUCGCCUGCGGUGGAUUUCUCAAAGAGACCACCAUACCUGAUGAUAAGGUCAGCGUGACCACCUUCAGUGUUAUCAGCGACAAGCUGCAGGAGCAGCUCAGGUUGAGCAUCGAGGAGGAAAGCUCUCCUCACGAACCGAAGCCAUUCAGACUGGCCAAGAACCUCUACAAAGCUUGUAUGAAUAAGACUGCUAUCGAGUCCCUGGGUCUGGAUCCUUUGAAGAAGAUCCUCCAGAAGUUGGGUGGGUGGCCGGUUCUCGAUGGGGACUCCUGGAAGGACGGUGACUUCGAUUGGAAGAAGAGCGUCUACGUCUUUCGUAAAAUGGGCUACUCCGUCGAUUAUUUUAUAGACUUCAGCAUCGGCGUCGACCUCAAGAACAGUACUAAGCGCGUGAUCGACCUCGAUCAAGCAUCUCUUGGACUCUCGCGAGAAUAUCUCUCCAAAGGAUUUGAUGAUAAGAUCGUGCAAGCUUAUUACAGCUACAUGGUAGACAUCGCUGUAAUUUUGGGAGCUAACAAAGCAACUGCUGCUAAGGAACUCAAACAAUCAUUGGAAUUUGAGAUAAAACUCGCCAAUAUCUCCCUGCCUAAUGAGAAACGUCGUAAUGCUACUCUUCUCUACAAUCCAAUGACUAUCGCGGAAUUGACCAAGACCUAUAACAGCGUUCCCUGGAAGGAAUACUUCAAUAAUCUUCUACCAUCCAAUGUUCAGGUCGACGAGAACGAAGUGGUUAUUGUUAAUGUCCCUAGUUUUAUUUCUGAUCUGGAGGAGCUUUUGAGUCAAACGCCAAAGAGAGUGCAAGCCAAUUACGUCAUGUGGAGAGCAGCUGGUGCUUCAGUGAGUUAUCUUACUGAGGAAAUUCGAAAAAGGCAAUUGGCUUACUCGACCGCCUUGAGUGGAAAAACCGAACGCGAAGCAAGAUGGAAGGAAUGCGUGGAUAUCGUAUCCGGAAGUCUGUCGAUCAGUGUAGGAGCACUUUACGUCAGAAAGUAUUUUAAGGAGGACGCUAAGAAGACUGCAGUAGAAAUGGUCGCUGAUAUCAGAGAAGAGUUUACGAAAAUUUUGAAAAAGAUCGAAUGGAUGGACGAGGAAACGAGAAAGAGCGCUCUGGAUAAAGCUGCUUCCAUGUCCAGUCAUAUUGCUUAUCCUGAUGAACUCUUGCAUGACAACAAACUUGAGGAAUUUUAUCAAAAUUUGGAACUGACUUCCGACAAUUAUCUUGAAAGUAUCUUGAAUCUGACUCUCUUUGGCACGGAAUAUUCUUUUAGCAAACUUCGAAAACCUGUGAACAAGAGCGACUGGAUAACUCAUGGAAGACCAGCAGUAGUAAACGCAUUUUAUUCAUCCAUUGAAAACAGUAUACAAUUCCCUGCUGGCAUUCUCCAAGGUGCCUUCUUCAGCAACGAUCGUCCCAGGUACAUGAACUACGGCGCUAUUGGAUUCGUGAUUGGCCAUGAAAUCACUCAUGGAUUCGAUGAUCAGGGCAGACAGUUCGACAAGGAGGGCAAUUUGGUAGACUGGUGGGCGCCGCAAACUAAGGAGAACUACCUGGAAAGGGCGGAAUGUAUCAUCAAUCAGUAUGGAAAUUACACAGUGGAGGAAGUCGGAUUAAACUUGAACGGUAUAAACACGCAAGGUGAGAACAUCGCAGACAAUGGCGGAAUCAAGGAAGCUUAUCUGGCAUACAAUCAAUGGGUUAAGCGAAACGGUCCCGAGAAGAAGCUUCCAGGUCUACGAUACACUCCUCGUCAGAUGUUCUGGAUCAGUGCUGCAAACACGUGGUGCAGUAAAUACAGACCGGAAGCCAUCAAGUUGCGUAUCACAACAGGAUUCCACAGUCCUGGAGAAUUCCGUGUCCUGGGGCCUCUUUCAAACAUGCCCGAAUUUUCAAAGGACUUCAAGUGCCCACUUGGCACUAAGAUGAACCCAGAGAAGAAAUGCUCCGUCUGGUAGAGCCUAAAUGACAUUUCGAUCGCAGGAGUCAGAAACUUCCGGUAGGAAAUCCAGAUGAAGAACGAAAGAGGAGGUUGUUGAUUGCCAACAGGAAACGAUCGUUAGAUUUAUAUCUGAUCGCAUCAUGACCGUCCUUCCUUCAUCUUUGAAAAUGAUGCCAAUCCAUUUCCAUCCACAUUAACGUGCUUUUGUUAUAUUCUCGCUAGGUCUGCUCUCUGGUACUCAUUUAAAAAAAAAACCAGAAUCCGUGGCUCCGCAUUUGCAUCAAAUCCAAAAACAUGAGUCACGUACAAUGGAAAGAUUCAUCAGGUUCCUUCGAUCCCAUUUCUAUUGCGCGAAUGUUCCUGUCGCGAGAUUUUUCUAUAAAUUCUUCUUCCUUCAGCUAAUCGCAUAUCGUCUUUGUAUACGGAAGUAGUCGCGUACAGUCGUGAUCCGUCCACGAGAAGGCAGUGUUACUAUCGAUUGUUAUGACGAUUCCUGCAGACACUUCUACGGGAGUACGGAGUUACUAAUCGAGAAUGAGUUUGUCAUCGAUUUAAAAAAGAAAGCUUAAAUCGAUCUGUCGUCUCAUCGACUCCUUCGCUACGGCGAUCUUUCAUUCUGGAGGAAUAUUUAUAUCACUGUUAUACGCAUUGGAACACUGUAUAUACAGACGAAACGAUGUAACGGAAGUUUAUUGACGUGUGAGACGGUCGUGAAAGAUGAAAAUAAAAUUUUACUUCGUUAAUUAUAAAUUCGCUAUUGAUCAUUCACGAUCGUUUCACUAUACAACGUUAUCGAGCGUAUUGAGAUAUUUAAAAGAAUUCCAAGACGUUUAAAGAUUCUGAAAAAUGUACAUUUGGCCAUAUAUAGAAUUUGCAAAAUUUUUACAGAUAAAGUGUAGUUCAUACUUGCGAAUUAACAGGAAUUUUCUACUCUUCUUGUGACUUCGUAUAUUACAUAGGGUUAUAAGUAUUCUUUUGAUGUAAUGUGGUAUCAUGCGUGAUCGUUGGAUUGAAACUUUAAAAGUUACACAUGUUUUUUGUUUCUGUCUUUUUCCUCGUUAUUUACGUACCGAAUUCAAAUUCAAUUGGAAAAUAUUCAAAGUUGUUAAUUAAAGUUACCGUUACGAAGUAUUUAGACGAUCUAGUAUUAAUCGUAGCUGUUAUCAUAACUGACAAGCAUGCAUUGCGCUGCUUUAACACGUUAUCAUACUACCCAUUUACACUUCAUCGCAAACUCUCAUGCAUAAACAGGUAUACACGCGAUACACAUUUGAAUAAUAUUAAUUAAUUUGUUAGAGCUUCUCUGUCCAUGGCAAAAGCGUAGUGCCUAACACUAGAGUUUGCGAUAGUUCAUAUUUAUUACAACGAUGUAUUAUUUUGCGUUUCAAGUAAACGAAGAAACUGCAUAUAUUUAGUAAUGUAUUUGUUGAAUGUAAAGUUUUAGUAAUAAAAAAAAAAGAAAAUCA